AGUUGUGAAUUUUGAAAUUAGCACGCAGUGCAUUUACAGAUCUCGAACUACAAUGUUCAAGCACAGCGUGAUUUUCUUUCUUGCUUUUGGCUUAACGAUCGCUUUUUCGCCUAUCGAUGUUGAAAGAAAUGCGGACGAAUUAUGCAUUAGAGGCGAUUCAAAUCCGGGAUAUUGUGUACCCCGAAGACAAUGUUCGUUCAUUGAAAAUAUUUUUUCGGAAAUACGUCCUGGAAUUCCACCCACAUUCGCUAAUAGAUUGUAUAUACAAAAAUCGAAAUGUGAAUCAAGGCCAAAUGAUAAUAGACAUGUGUGCUGUGAAGAAAAUGAAAAGAUUGACCAGGCAAUUCACGAUCUGUCAAUAGAAGAUUGCGGAAGAUUUCAAACGGAUAAGAUAAUUGGUGGUACUGAAAUUCAAUUAAUGUCCAGACCCUGGAUGGCGCUUCUUAAUUUUAGAACCAAUGAUGGAAAUAAUUCUUUCACAUGUGGAGGCACGCUGAUAAACAAACGUUACGUACUAACAGCUGCUCAUUGCUUCUCAAAUCAAAAACUACUAUAUGUGCGUCUGGGAGAACACAGCAUUAGACAGGAAAGAGAUUGCAAUGGGAAUAUUUGUGCGCUACCAGUUGAAGAUAUUGGCAUUGAACGCAUUUUUGUGCAUGAAAAGUACUCACGUCAAACUGGUCAUAAUGAUAUUGCUUUAGUGAAACUCUCCAAGGACGUAGAAUUCCGAGAAAGCAUUACGCCCAUUUGCCUGCCAACGUCCGAGAUUCUUCAAAACAAUGUCAAGACUAUGCAAAGAUUCCAUGUGACUGGAUGGGGUAGAACCGAAAACACUAGUUUUUCUGAUGUUCCAAUGGAAACCGGUGUAAAUCGAGUAGACCACUCAAUAUGUCAGAAAUCAUAUAAUAGAGAAAUAACUUCAACUCAAAUAUGCACUGGAAGCGUUGGAAAAGACUCUUGCAAUGGUGAUUCGGGUGGACCACUGUCAUAUGUGGCUUUUUCGAAUGAUUAUCAACGGUUUGUACAGUAUGGAGUUGUGAGUUUUGGAUCCCGCACAUGCGGUGACGGUCAUCCGGGUGUCUAUACAAACAUUGGCAAUUACAUUCGUUGGAUCGCCUACAAGAUUGCCACCAAAAGAUAUGUGUGCUGUGAAGAAAAUGAAAAGAUUGAUCAGGCAAUUCACGACCUGUCAAUAGAAGAUUGCGGAAGAUUUGAAAUGGAUAAGAUAAUUGGUGGUACUGAAAUUCAAUUAAUGUCCAGACCCUGGAUGGCGCUUCUCAAUUUUAGAACCAAUGAUGGAAAGAAUACUUUCACAUGUGGCGGCACGCUGAUAAACAAACGUUACGUACUAACAGCUGCUCAUUGCUUCUCAAAUCAAAAACUACUAUUUGUGCGUCUGGGAGAACACAGCAUUAGACAGGAAAGAGAUUGCAAUGGGAAUAUUUGUGCGCUACCAGUUGAAGAUAUUGGCAUUGAACGCAUUUUUGUGCAUGAAAAGUACUCACGUCAAACUGGUCCUAAUGAUAUUGCUUUAGUGAAACUCUCCAAAGACGUAGAGUUCCGAGAAAGCAUUACGCCCAUUUGCCUGCCAACGUCCGAGAUUCUUCAAAACAAUGUCAAGACUAUGCAAAGAUUCCGUGUGACUGGGUGGGGUAGAACCGAAAACACUAGUUUUUCUGAUGUUCCAAUGGAAACCGGUGUAAAUCGAGUAGACCACUCAAUAUGCCAGAAAUCAUAUUAUAGAGAAAUAUCUUCAACUCAAAUAUGCACUGGGAGCGUUGGAAAAGACUCUUGCAAUGGUGAUUCGGGUGGACCACUGUCAUAUGUGGCUUUUUCGAAUGAUUAUCAACGGUUUGUACAGUAUGGAGUUGUGAGUUUUGGAUCCCGCACAUGCGGUGACGGUCAUCCGGGUGUCUACACAAACGUCGGCAGUUACAUUCGCUGGAUCGCCUACAAGAUUGCCACCAAAUAAAUUGAACAAUCUAAUUUACUACAAUUCAAAGUUCAUAUAGCAGUAAAUAUUCACGUUAAUUAAGACGUUCUAUAAAAUUUAUUGAUAAUG